UAUUGGACGGCGAGCGAUUGGCCAAAGGGAAAUGUCAGCAGCUGGGGAACCGGCUGCCCCAGUCGCGGUGACACGGAGGGAGCCGGGCCCCAAGGGAAUUGUCGCCGGUUGCUGUGGCGCAGUUUGAAACCCCGCUUCGGACCUGGGCCGUCGGUCGCUGAGCCAGGCGCCCGGGGCAGCAGCCGCAGCCGGGGGAGGAUGGAGACGCACAGAGUCUGGCGGGGGCACCGGUGCUGAGAGAGUGGCUCAGCCCCAGUUAUGAUCCAAGUGAGCUGCAUUGGCUGGUUAGAGUGAAUAUAUAAUAAUGAGUGGAGCAGCCUUGGGUAUCGAGAUAAUAUUUGUCUUUUUUCUGGCUUUAUUCAUACUUCAUCGGUAUGGAGACUUCAAGAAACAACAUAGACUUGUGAUCAUAGCAACACUGCUGGCUUGGUAUCUCUGCUUUCUUAUAGUAUUUAUAUUGCCUCUGGAUGUUAGUACGACUAUAUACAAUCGAUGCAAACUUGCUGUUAACUCCAGCCCGCCAGAAAGCAGCAGCAGCAACAUCAUCAGCAAUGGAUCUUACCCUAGUUCUGCUCCAAGAAAACAUAGGUGCUCGAAACCAUGGAGUUAUAUCCCUGAUGGAAUUAUGCCAAUCUUCUGGCGUGUAGUAUACUGGACAUCACAGUUCUUAACCUGGAUACUGUUACCUUUCAUGCAGUCAUAUGCUAGAUCAGGAGGGUUCUCCAUUACUGGAAAGAUUAAAACUGCAUUGAUUGAGAAUGCAAUCUAUUAUGGCACUUACUUGCUGAUUUUUGGAGCAUUUUUAAUAUACGUGGCUGUAAAUCCAAAUUUCAGUCUACAAUGGAACCAGCUUCAGACAAUUGGGAUAGCAGCUGCCAACACCUGGGGUCUUUUCCUUCUUGUGUUGUUGUUGGGGUAUGGUUUGGUGGAAAUUCCACGUUCUCACUGGAAUGGAGCAAAAAGGGGGUAUCUUCUUAUGAAGACUUAUUUCAAGGUUGCCAAACUGAUGACUGAAAAAGCAGAUGCAGAGGAGAACUUAGAGGAUAUUAUGGAGGAAGUCCGUAAAGUGAAUGAGAGUAUCAAGUAUAAUCACCCUUUGAGAAAAUGUGUUGAUACAAUAUUGAAAAAGUGUCCUACUGAAUACCAGGAAAGAAUGGGUAGGAACAUGGAUGACUAUGAAGAUUUUGAUGACAGGCAAAACAACUAUCCAAGUGAGAAAAGUCUGGUCAAACUUCACAAACAGGUAAUUUAUUCAGUUCAGAGACACCGUCGUACGCAGGUGCAGUGGCGAAUUCUUUUAGAACAAGCAUUCUACUUGGAGGAUGUGGCGAAAAAUGAAACCAGUGCAACUCGUCAGUUUGUUCAUACUUUUCAGUUCCAAGAAUCUGAAAACAGAAUUACCCGAUAUUUCUACACACCAACUGUUGAAUGGUACUGGGAAUGUCUCCUUCGGCCAUGGUUUUGCAGAAUUCUUGCUGUUGUUUUGGCCACAUUCUCUGUAAUUGUUGUGUGGUCAGAGUGCACAUUUUUCAGCACUAAACCAGUUCUGUCCUUGUUUGCUGUCUUCAUACAACUGGCAGAAAGAACGUACAACUAUAUGUGCAUAGAGAUGGCUUGCUUUCUUACCAUCUUCUUCUUAAGUAUCUGUGUUUACUCAACUGUCUUCAGGAUUCGUGUAUUUAAUUAUUAUUAUUUAGCUUCGCACCAUCAGACUGAUGCAUACAGUCUCCUUUUCAGUGGCAUGUUAUUCUGCCGUUUAACUCCUCCUCUGUGUCUGAAUUUCUUGGGUUUGACUCACAUGGAUUCAUCAAUCUCUCACAAAAACACUCAGGCAACUGCAUAUACAUCAAUAAUGGGCUCCAUGAGAGUGUUGUCUUUCAUUGCAGAUGGGUUUUAUAUAUAUUAUCCCAUGCUGGUUGUCAUUCUCUGUAUUGCCACUUACUUCAGCUUAGGAACUCGUUGUUUGAAUCUGCUGGGGUUCCAGCAGUUCAUGGGAGACAAUGAAAUGACCUCUGACUUUAUUGAUGAAGGAAAGGAGUUAAUCAGAAGAGAGAAAAGAAAACGGCAAAGGCAGGAAGAAGGUGAAAAUAGAAGAAGGGAAUGGAAAGAGCGAUAUGGAAACAGCCGAGAAGAUUCCACUAGAAAUAGAAAUGUUCACCCAGACCAAAAAGAAUCUAGUUUCUCAGAGACCAAUGCAAGCAGACCUGUGUCUAAGUAUACCAGGUCAAAUGGCAGGACCGAAAGGGAUAGAAUAGAACUCCUCCAAGAUGCGGAACCUUUGGAUUUUAAUGCGGAUUCAGUUAGUGAUGAUUCUCUUGAUCAUCCUCUUGACUCAGGAAGGUAUCAACCUGGUGGAAGGUAUUUAUCAAUGUCACGAAGCCGAAUAUUUGAUGAUGUCUAAUCCCUUCAUAGCUUAUGAAAACUUAAUAGAAAUCAAAGUCUACUACUCAUUAUUUGAAAAACACUGUAACAUUUCUGAACCAAAAAAGACCUUUUUCUUUAAUAAAAAAAUUGUGGAAAAUAAAGGAACAAUAAUAGUUAGAAA